AUGUCAUCGCAUCUCGAGCGUUUGACGCGCUUUUAUCAAAAGUAUAAUCCUGAUAAAGUGCAUGAGAUUAAUGGUGUAUUGGAACGUUUUAAAGGGCGAGAGACGCAGUUGUUUGCGACACUUGUGAAGAAGUAUGGCCCUGAACCCACUGCAGACGAAGUGUUGAAUGUCGCUGCCACGUCGGACGAGAAGGAGACGGCUACAGUAGAUACGUUUGAGUUGCAGGAGUCACAAAACAUUAACUAUCAGCGACUAUUGGCUUUCUAUCAAAAGUAUAACCCUGAGAAGGUCGAUGACGUGGCUCAGGUGCUGGUCAAAUACAAAGGCAAAGAGGGAAUGCUUUUCAAUGCCCUGAUUAAGAAAUACGGCCCAGAGCCUGGUGACUCAGACGAAGACGUGGACGAAACAUUGCAACUUGAUAGUGAGAAGGAGGAAGAAGAAGUCGAAGAGAAUGACGAGAGUGGUCAGCCGAAGCUACGUAACGUGGUCUACUGUCCCAUUGACACGUUUCCGCCUGAGUACUGUGAGUACGGCCCCAUGUUUAAUGAGUGCAAGCCGUGGUUGGCUGAGAAUUGUCCGGAUCUUAUGCUCACCAAGUACAACCGAACGGUAGCAGAACUACUGGAGGUGGAGCAGCAGAUUGCCGACGGUGUAGAAGGCAUUACGCUUGAGGUAGUUGGCAAGACCGUCAAGAAGAAAAAGAAGAACAAAAUCGAGGAGGCAGCUAAGCGAAAAGAAAACUGCAUGGUGACCAUUUCCAUGAGCUCACGCAAGGGACGUAAGCGUCUCACUUUUGUCACUGGGCUGGAAGACUUUGAAGGUGUAAAUAUCAAGGAUGCAUGCAAGAGCAUGGGUAAGAAGUUUGCUUGCAGCUCGUCAUUAUCUAAAACAGACCAGGGACAGCAACAGAUCCAGCUACAGGGUGAUUGCGUCACGGAGUUAUUGGAAGUGCUACCAGAAAUGUUUGGUAUUCACGAAGACCAGAUUAUCGUCAUUGAUGAGCCCGUAAAGGCCGUUAAGAAAGGUAAGAAAUAG